CAGUUGUACUGAUUAAGAUUGACUAUAGAGAUUAUUUUAUUAAUUUUAGUAUGAAUAAUGCUUAACAUCAUUAGACUAAUUGAAUUUUACUACUUGUUUGAACCCUGUUUUAUUUACCCUCAUAUUACACGAGUGUUAUGUUUAUUUAGAUAAUACUUAAAUCAAGAUUUCUUUUGUAUAUUAAUCUUGACCAUUUUACUUUUGAAAAAUUGAGCAAUGGACCCCGAAGAAAAUAUUGUCAAUGGCUCCAGUAGAUUUGACAAUGAAAAACGAAUAUCACUAUUGGAACCAAGAUUUGAAUGCCCUAUCUGUCUAAAUUGUUUAAAGGAUCCUUUUCUAACCAAGUGUGGACAUCGUUUUUGUCGAGAUUGCAUAUUAGAAUGGAUAAGAAAUAAGAAAAGAGAGUGGUGUCCUGUUGAUCAGAAUAAAAUUCAAGAAAGGGACCUUUUUCCUGAUAACUAUACUCGUAGAGAAAUAACUCAGCAAAUCGUUAGGUGUUCAUUUCCUAAUUGUGAAACCAUCACACCAUUACUUGAUUUAGAGAAACAUUUAGUUGAAAGUCAUGAAAAUAUAAAAUCAAAUUUGAAUGGUGACGUUGUAGACGAUAUAGCUAAAAAAGCCGAAUCCUGGGAGGCUCCUCCAAAAAAUCAGUGUACUACUCAAAUUCAGUUAAUUACGACCCUUUAUGAAAGAGUAGUUCAGUUGGAACAGAAACAAAGAGAAUCAGAGUUACAAUUAGAACAGAAAACAAGACAAGAACAAAAAAUGAAAGAGUUAAUUUUGCAAUUAGAACAUAAGACCAGAGAUUUGGAAUUACAAUUAACAAACUCUAGGGCAACAAUCAGUAAUAUGCUGAUUGAAAGAGAUCAUUUUUUAUCACAACUACCACUAAAAAUUUGUAAUGGUUGUCAUGUAUGGAAUGUCGUUAAUAUAAAACAGAAAUUGUUAGCAAUGUCUAAAGAACCAUCUGAAAUGUAUUACAGUGAAGGUUUUUACACUUCUUAUCUUGGCUAUAAGUUUUGUGCCAGACUGAAUUUGUCACCGAACAAUCCUUGUUACUUAUCUCUGCUUGUGCAUCUAAUGAAGAGUGAAAAUGAUCACAUUUUAGGCUGGCCUUUUAAAGGUCGAAUUUCAUUUACUCUCAUCCAUCCCAUAUCACAGGAACAUUCACUGAGCGAAGUGAUGUGCACCAAGUCGGGAUUGAAAGCCUUUGAAAGACCAGUUGCUGCCAUAUCUCCUAGAGCAUUUGGGUACACAGAAUUCGCCCUCAUCGAUGACAUCAUUAACAAAGGGUUUAUUAAUGAUGAUGAAUCUGUCAAUAUUAAGAUUGAAAUCAAUUGUGUUUGAUUAGAGUUUUUCAGUUAUUUGGAUUUUUAAAAAUAUGCAUAAAGUUCUUAGUGAAACAAAAACAAAACAUAUGCGAUUGAAGCAACAUAUGAGAACUUUUCCUAUAUCACAGUUUAUUGAUUUUGUUUUUGUCUAUAUUGUGAAUUGAUCUAUUUUUUUGAUUAGCUAAAAAAGAUCUGUGUAACUCAUAUAACAAUUGGUAUUAUUAUCUGUACUUGCCUAACAUUUUGGCUUGUUAACAGUUAGUUAGCCUCUUUCUGCUUUUCUCAUGGCGACUAUUUCACUUCACCCUUCUACUAUAUUAUAUAUUAUUUAGUUCUUUUCAUUUUAUUUUGUUAAAUGAACUUCUGAAUCUCUU